GUCGCGAGCAGUCCUUAUCAAUGGGCACAGGCGGGUUAGCACUCUUACUACCUCCUUCAGAGAGCAGCAGUCCCUAGCCUGGCUGCGGCUCUGGUCGGACUGGCUAGGUUCAGCCAUGGUUUCUCUGGGCUUGGGGGUCGCCCAGGGUCCUGGACGCCGUGCGGGACGCUGAGCGGGUCACUGAAAUAGACACGGAGUUCCCGAGUGAGCAGAACGCAAAGCAAAGGCGAACAAUAAUCGGAGGAGCUCUGGCAUCAUGAGUCUCUGGCUGUCAUCGUGGGGGCCACGGUCACUGCUGCUGCUGCUGCUGCUCGCCAGAACGGCUCACACUGUCGCAGCUCUGCCCCGACUGUGUGACGUGCUGCGCGUGUUGCAGGGGGAGCGAGCUCAGUGUCUGCAGGAACUCUCCAAAGAGAAGGAAGAUCUGGGCCCAGAGACAGUAACAGGCUGUGAGGGGCUGUGGGACAACAUGAGCUGCUGGCCCUCCUCGGCUCCGGCACAGACGGUGGAAGUACAAUGUCCGAAGUUCCUCCAGAUGCUCACGGGAAGAAAUGGGUCUCUGUUCAGGAACUGCACACAGGAUGGCUGGUCAGAAACUUUCCCCAGGCCUGACCUGGCCUGUGGGGUCAACAUGAAUGACUCCUCUAAUGAGAAACGGCAUGCAUACCUGCUGAAGCUCAAGGUCAUGUACACUGUGGGCUACAGUUCCUCCUUGGCCACGCUCCUGGUUGCCCUCAGCAUCCUGGGCUCUUUCCGGAGGCUGCACUGCGCCCGCAACUACAUCCACAUGCACCUGUUCGUGUCCUUCAUCCUGCGCGCCCUGUCCAACUUCAUCAAGGAUGCUGUGCUCUUCCCCUCAGAUGACGUCACCUACUGUGAUGCCCAUAGGGUGGGCUGCAAGCUGGUCAUGAUCUUCUUCCAGUACUGCAUUAUGGCCAACUAUGCGUGGCUGCUGGUAGAGGGCCUCUACCUUCAUACACUUCUCGCCAUCUCCUUCUUCUCAGAAAGGAAGUGCCUGCAGGCAUUUGUGCUCCUCGGAUGGGGUUCUCCAGCCAUUUUUGUUGCUUCAUGGGCCAUCACCAGGCACUUUCUGGAAGACAUCGGAUGCUGGGACAUAAACUCCAACAGUACCAUCUGGUGGCUCAUCCGAGGGCCUGUGAUUCUGUCCAUCCUGAUCAAUUUCAUCUUUUUUAUAAACAUUCUAAGAAUCCUGAUGAGAAAACUUAGAACCCAGGAAACGAGAGGAAACGAAAUGAACCAGUAUAAGCGCCUGGCCAAGUCCACUCUCCUGCUGAUCCCCCUCUUCGGCAUCCACUACAUUGUCUUCGCCUUCUCCCCAGAAGACGCCAUGGAAGUCCAGCUGUUCUUUGAAUUGGCCCUGGGCUCCUUCCAGGGGCUGGUGGUGGCCAUCCUUUACUGCUUCCUCAAUGGUGAGCUGGAAAUUCGGAAAAAAUGGCGCCAGUGGCACCUCCAAGAGUUCCCGCUGCGCCCUGUGGCCCUCAGCAACUCCUUCAGCAAUGUCACCAGUGGUCCUACCCACAGCAGCAAGGCCAGCACCUCGGAGCAGAGCCGGAGCACCCACAGGGCCAGUGUCAUGUGAGCCUGCAGCAAGGCUCGCAGAGGGGACAUUCAGUAGGAAGGUUAUCUUCCUAGCACCCGUUUUGUGUCCGAGGAGCUGACAGGAGCUUCCUUGGAACGAAGCAGGACUGGGUCAGAAUGCAGCAGGAAACAGGCCUGUGGUUUGGUCUUUCUUGUUCUGAGUCGAGCAAUUCAGGGGCCCCAGAAGAGACAUGGGAAUAAAUGACAGCUAGAAAACCCUA